AUUCAGGUUAUACUUCGUUGUGGAGAAAACAGUUACAGCAAUGAGCUUGUAAAACUGCUUGAUUCUUGAAAAGAACUCUUUUUACCAGCUAGAACUCAUGCCAAAAUACAGCACAAGGACUUAUGGCCGAAAUCGCAGCAAAGAGUCGCAAAUUUCCCGGGAAUUUGAUGAAAUUCAGAAGAGCCAAAAUUCGAAUUCGACCUCUACUUCAGAAAACACUUUUACAAGAAAACUCAGCAGAAAGUCACCAUGGUCGAGAACAAGUAGGGUCGUUGAAUUAAGUGUUAGCAACUUGGCAAAGGAAGCAACUGUAGACGGAUCAAAAACAAACAAACGCAGGAAAUUAGACGUGAUUGAGGAGAAAGACCCAUUCGCUUUUGACGAAGAUGACGUGACGACUCAAGGCUCAAAGAAAAUCGUAUCUCAAAGUAACGCCAUCACCAAACAACGAAUCACAAACCAGGCAUUAACAACAGAAUUUACCGAUAAAAGUACAGAUGAUGAAGCUUAUAGUAGCUCACAGGAAUGGAGUGAAACUUCCUCACAGGGCGGUGAAAAAAAAGUUUCCAGUAAUUACAGGAAAAAGCCAACUGGGGUAAGUCUAAGUAUAUUUUGCUGAGAGAUAGAGGGUAAAUAAUUGUCCAAUUUCAGUGAACUAUCAAGCUUGCAAUUAUUAUUUAUUCAUCAAAUUUUCGCGUGGAACGAAUGAAAAAUAAAACAAUACCAGGAGAAAAGCAAUAGGUUCCCCAAAAGUGCUUUAUGAUCAGGCAUCACAGUAUUCGUAUAAUGUGUUUUUGUUUUAAUUUAACAGAUGAGUUGGCUCAUAGAUGUGUGCAGUUUUAUCACGCGGGUCUUCUAAGAAAUGUAUUACUUUGGUUGUCAAUGAAAAAAACACAGUAAUUGGUAUUAUUAGAAAAUCACCCUGGAUCCAGUAUACCCAAAAAACUUAAAUUAGUUAAUAAACUAAUUAUUAAAAAUAACACAUAACAAAAUGACUUAAACUGUGACAUGUCCAUUAUUGUGAACUUCAUUGGCUUCAACACGUUAGUAAUCAUCACAGUUGUGUACACUUCUUAAGCAGUUAAAAAAACCCUGAAACAUAUUCAAGCUUGAACAAGAUUCCCAUAGCUUUUGUGAUGUCGAGUGCUGCAGUGCUCUUACCACUGACCUAUCAUGCCAAUUAUAAGCUGGUCACUUUUUGGGUUUGUAAUAUACCGGUAGCAAAUGAAGAUGUGAAAAUGAACAAAAGGGAGAUGUAAAGAAUCAACCAUAAGAGGACACAGAAAAAAAUCUGAGCCCCAGAUGGGAUUCGAACCCACGACCCUCCGUGUUCUAGAUCGGAUGCUCUGACCUCUGAGCUACUGAGGACUCGUUGGCGAGCAAGGGUUGCUCGCCAACGAGUCCUCAGUAGCUCAGAGGUCAGAGCAUCCGAUCUAGAACACGGAGGGUCGUGGGUUCGAAUCCCAUCUGGGGCUCAGAUUUUUUUCUGUGUCCUCUUAUGGUUGAUUCUUUACAUCUCCCUUUAUUUCCUUUAUAAUAUUAAUAUCAGUGGCAUAGAAAAUGAACAAAUUACAUUUUAUACAUGUUUAUCAUUUCUGUGUUAAAUCUUUUUCCCACAGUUCUAAUGUAUGAAAUAUCUUACGUUCAUUUUCGUGUCAAUGGCUUUGUACAGAUGGUACAGCUGCUAUUGUCAUCCUGGUACUGACCACAGAUGGUACUGUUUGUCUGUAGUAUUUUUUCUUUUCAUAUUGUUUCUUUGUUACUUUGCAGUCCCCUUUCAAGAAUUUUCUAAAGAACAAUGACAAGUCAUUAUCACCAAAUAAAAGCAACUCUUUAAGGAGACUUUCAGCCUUGGUAAGAGCUUAAUAAUAUUAUUAUGUUUACCCGACUUACAUUUCUUAUACUUGAAAGAGAACUUUGUCCUUGACCCAGCUACUCAUAGGCCAGGUUGCAGUCACUCAGGUUUACAGUACAAAAUGUAUUAACAACUUUUUUAAAACUUAGAGUAACUUGUUGAUUUUACUGCAGUAGGUGGCUAAAAAAGCCAGCUGCCAGCUCCUGAUGACGGCCCUGAAUUAACAAGAACCUCAAAUUACAAAAUUGGGUUGAAAAUUUUGCUUUUCCUUGGGUUAAAGGGAAUCAUCGUGGAAGAAAUCCAUGCAGCGUGCAAAGAAAGUAGUGUCCGAUAGCCCGGGGCUAGUGGAUUUUGCUAUCGCGCCAGUGAAUUCUGUUCUUAAUUUGCCCGACGGGCAAGUGAAGUACUUUUGAGGAAUUCAACCUACAGAACAACUGUGAAAUCAUUUCUGCUCAUCAAAAACUUUGGGGGGACUAGUUGAAAUGACCUUUGGGCUAGUAAAUGCCAGCUUCACCUUGCCCAAAUUGCAAGCUGUAAAAAUGACUUUCUUUGCACACUUCCCACAGCUAGCAUACAUGCAUAGCGUAGACCACAGACUUUUAUCUCUGCAGCCCCUCUUUGUUUUAUUUUGGUAAUGACUUGAUUUACUUUAUCACUGGUUAUUGUUAGAUUCAGUUUGUCAUUCCUAAACCAGUCCCACGUGUUGUUUUGAUUGGGCAUUGUAGUCGUUCUUACCUCUUACCAUCCUUGUUUGUAUGGCUGCCCAGUUUAUAUUAUACCCAUUGGCUCUAUUUAUUUUGUUUGAAGCCAACUAGUGCAGAUUUUAGUGAGGACUCCCAAGAUGAUGAGUACGCUGAUGUUCCAAGUGUCAAACAGACUUCAUCAUGGCCACAGCCAAAGAAAGAACACUCUGCGAGUGCAGUAAGAGUUAAAAGAACAGAGAAACCAGUGAGUCAAUAGUUAUUGUUAAAGAUCAGCAAGUAACAUCAACAUCUGUGACUUUUUUUGAAUUCCAACCCCCAGUCUGUGAAAAACUUUGUUACUAUUAUCAUUUUUUUAAAAUAGCAUAACAGUUUCCUGUCUUUGCCUUUGCUAUGAUGGGUAACAAUUUUGUUUUUACAAUUCUAGCUUUUUACAGUUGUGAGAAAUGUGAAACAAGUUCAUGAGUGCUUGGAGUCUGGAGAGGAUCAGCAGGUGUGAUAUAGUGUGUCACUGAAAAUGAAACCUUGUAAUAUUAAUGAUAAUAGCAGUUUCAUGUUGGAAAAAAAAACAGACAAACAAAAAAGUAAACAGGAGUUCAGAAAAAAAAUAAAUAGAAUUAAUUUUAAAUAUUGAAUAUUAAUUGUUCAAUUAGCACUUCUGUUAGGAUGAGUCAAUUAUGUACACUCAGGUUCAUUAAAAAUCCAGCUGAUAGAGGGCUAACGGUGUGGAUCUUGGAGAGAUUAAUCAUCACUAAAAAUGUGGGGAAAAUCCCAUAAUUAUAGCUUCCAAGUACCCUUAGUCUGUAGAAUUGUAUCACACAUGGACAGUGAGAAGAUUUGGCAGCAUGACUUGCUUCCCUCUUUUCUUGGUUUAAGACUCUUUGCCUCUUGCAGUUGAGAACUUCCUCAUAACCUUCCAGGACUACCUUUGGGAAUCUACCCAAUCUAGCUAAUCAAUAUUCAAUAGGUUGUAAUAUCUCCUCCUAUUUCAUUCAGCAUUUAGUAAGUACUGAAUUUAAAAAACCUUGAUCUUUUAACAAACACUUAGCUUACAUUUCAUUAUAACCAAAGAUCAACAUGCAAAGAAAGGCGUGUCCAAUAGCCCGUGGCUAUUGGAUUUUAUUAUCGGGCUAGUGAAUUCUGUCUUUAACUUGCCGGCCUGGUAAACGAAAUUUUUUAAGGAAUUCUAAUCUCAAAAGAACUGUUAUCGACCCUGCUCAUCAUUGGGCUAGUACAUGCUAACUACAGCUUGCAUGAAUGGCAAGCUGUAAAAUUGACUUUCUUUGCUCCCUGAAGGAUAGUAAUGUAGAAUAACAUAGAGAUGUAUACUGGCAUGUGCUGACUUUUUCUUAGUUCUUUGAUGAUGUCGAGUACCUUCUGGAUGGCCUCAAAGAGAGCCGAUCAAUAUCAACACGUUGCCUUAGUGCGCUGGACUUUGCAUCACAUUGUUCUCAAACAUUAUUUAGAGUGAGUCUAAGAGCUCAUGGAUUUUCACCCAAGAUUUUUUCUUCCCUUCAAGAUGCUCCGUCCGAUAAGGUGAGGAUUCCAAUAAAUUGAAACAGUUAUCACAUUGUCUUAACAAGAAUCAAUGCCAGUAAUGUUUUGUAAUAAUGUAGGGUUUAUCCAUGGUUCACAGGAAGUGGUAUAUUAAUUUUUUAUCCAUUACUGACAAUGCCAAAGAGAAGGAGACACGGCCUGAUGAGCCACUUGGCUCAAAUACCAACUUAACCUUCACCUUUUACAAUGUAUGAAUUAAGAUUAUUUAUUGAAUAAAUACAGUUGACUCCUGAUAACUCAAACCCUCGCUAACUCGGACCAAAAUCGAUUUCCCCUGGAUUUCUGUCAUGCAUUUACUGUAAUUUUACCCUUGGUAACUCGAACCCUCGAUAACUUGAACCUCCCACUAACUCAAAGUAGUUUUUUCCCCCUCAGAUCAUUUCUAUAUAAUUUUACCCUUGAUAACUCAAACCAUGUUUUGAGCCCUUAAGAAUUGGGGAAAAAACAGUCUAGUGGUGUCUGAAACAUUGACUUUUGAAUAUCCCAUUGGGCAUGUUGUUGCUUCUCAAAACAGUAAAACGCAUGCUCUAUUUAGGCUUUUGUUUUGUUAUGUUACGUUCUGAUUUAUAAUCUAGAAGUAUCUUUCAAUUUUCACUUAACAUUUCUACAAUUAACUGUGAUUAAAAUGUUCACUGUGCGGUAAAAACUGUUUUUUCCUUACUCCCGGCUAUUUUCUUCAAGCUCCCAAUAAUUCGAACUCCCGAUAACUCGAACUUUUUUUGAUUUCCCUUGAAAGGUUUGAGUUAUUGGGAGUCAAUUGUAUGCAUGUUGGUGCAGUGACUAGCACCUUUGCACUUUUACUCAGUUAACACUUUAAUUAUUUACUCAUUCUACUGCCAUUCCAGUGCCUUGCUCUUUGUACAUCAGCUAUAACCUUGAUGUUAUCUCAAGAUCGUCAAAAUGCCGACUUGGACAGAUUUGCUCUUGGUGAGACCCAUUAUCAUCUACUGUCAUGUAGAUUGCUCUUCUCUCAUUCCUUUAAAAAAAAAAAGUCCCAUACAAUAUACCAUGCACUUAUUGCCUGUUAGUGGACUAACCAUGCCCUUCAGCAGUUCUCUCAAUGUCCAAUGUCUUUGUGACAGUAGGGAGUUUUAGCAACGAGGAUGACGAUAGCAGCAAAAAUGUCACCAUUAAAAGUCUUUGCUUUGUUUCAAAGUUUGUCCUAAUAAUUCAGCCCGCUUUAAUAAAAUGUCAACUGUAGUUAAAUAAGUAUCAUUGGAAUUGAAUUAAUUGGAACCUUAUGGAAGAUUAGAAGAAGAAAAACCAAUACAGUGGAACCCCGCCUUACGACCACCUCGUUAAUACGACCACCUCGUUAUUACGACCACUUUUUUUUGUCCCGGCGAAACGCCCAUACAUUUCCUCAUAAGAAAACCCCGUUAAUGCGACCACCCCGUUAAUACGACCAACGACCACAUUCUGAAAUCCCAACCUGUAUAAUCCGUUAUAAUUUUACCCCGUUAAUACGACCACGCAAACCAAAUGCAGCUGUAAUAUGUCCUGUUACUGAUCACUCAUAACAUCAAAUAGCAAAUUACAAUAACCUGAUACAACAGUAAAACAUUAACACCACACCGUGGUUUUACAUCUGCUUUAGCUAAAUUGCAAAGCAAUUUAGUCAGUCAUUUAACCUGUUUUUAACACAGUUUGGUUUUUUUCACGCGGCUACCUUCCUGCUCCUUGGCUCUCUUUAAGGUUUCGUCUGUUUUACAGAAAGAUUGUUCUGAAGGUCAGUAGGUUUCUUAGCAUUUCAACGUGCUUUGUCUCGAGGUACGUGUAAAGCCAACUCGACCGGUCCAACUCUGUUCACGUUUCGUUUUUAUACAGUUAUGUUUAUCUUUCCGUGAUUAAUGUUGUAUAAUCAUGUAUAUAUUAAAGAUAAAAGAUCAAAUUCUUAACAUUGCAUCCCGGAUUUUUAUUUUUAAUGUUUAAAAACAUUGUAAUUGUCAUGUACAUCUGUCAAGAUGCCACUUAAAAUAGAAUGCUCGUGAAAUCAUUUGUUGUUGUGUGUUUACAUCCAAAAAACUUGGCCCGUUGGUGGUCGUAUCACAUUGUUCCAGUGGUUCAUUUUUUUGUCGUUUACAUCCAUAAAACUUCCUUGGGCACAUUGUAGUGUUUCUUUUUUGAUGUCAUUAGUUAACAUGAUCUCUAGGCCACCUUCAUAAUAACUGACAUACUGGUAUGUUAGUGUACUGACUUUAUACUCCGGUCUGUUUAUCAGAGCUGAUAAUUAAGUUACUGGCAGUUGACAGCAACAAUCAACAGUCCAAGAUACUGAAGGAUUACAACAAAUACGUUACUAAAGUCAGGUUUGUUUUAAGCUUUAUUUCUGUUCAUUAUUAAGCCAAAAAUACAAUGAACAUAUUUUUAAAUUUCAGAGAACUACUCAAAAGACCUUUAGUUAAUUGAAGGAUGGGAAAGACCUUAUCUUAAUCAGAGCAGGUAAAAACUCCAAGUCCGAUUGCUUGGGGCAAGUAGAUUUUGAUGUUGGGCAAGUAAAAAUAGAAAUUUUAUCCUUAGUAGUCCUAUGAUUCAAAUCCUGUAGUUACUCUGUAUCUGGCACAGCAUUUACGUACUAGUCAAUCUAACCUGCAAUCAUGCAGUCCUUCUUCUCUUGUGUUUUAUAAAUGAAAAAACAAAUACUGCCUGAUCGCAGGUUACUAGUGAUCUAAUUGAUACACUUUGUUGUAAUCUACAAUUUAUUAUAAACAGUACCUUAGAACUGUAAAAUGAUGAUAAGGCACUGUGUCCACUUGAGACAAGCCAUAUUUAUAAAUGGGGGCAAGUGAAAAAUGUAGUUUACUCGCCCACUGGGCCAGUGGAUUUCAAAUAUUUUUCCUGCCCUGUUAAUGACAAUCAAAUGUUAUUAUUCUGCAACAUGUUUUUGCAAGUAGUAUUGAUUUUAUACCAAAUUUGUUUUUGUUUGCUUCCUGUAGAACAUUACUAGAAAAACAAGGUGCAUCAGAUGAAUUACUGGCAACUGUGGGUGAUGAUAUCAAUGUAAGCCAUAGAGUAAUUAUGCACAGUAUAAUCACUUUUUUGCAGAUAAAUUGGCUGAUUAUAUCUUGAGUGGUUGGCAACAUUUUGUGGGCCCUACAGAGUUAUUGCCACCCACCUAUAAUAGCUAAGGGACGGACCAUUAGAAAAGUUAUGGGGGGGUGGGGAAUUUUCGAGCCGCAGGAAUUUUUUUUAGGUCAUAGCAUGAAUACUUUUUAGGGUUAACUGGCAUGCAUGAAUUUUUUUUUUGAGUUAAUUUUCCCUUUUGCGAAUAUAUUUUUUGUACUUUGCCCACUCCCCCGUAAGUUUUCUAAUACUCCGUCCCUAAUUCUAGCUAAUUGUGGGUAACAUAGUCAUAUUAUAAAUUAUUUUCAAAUUGAAUAAACUGUUGUUGGUGGUGAGAAAAAAAAUGAUACUUUAGCAAUAAGUAAAAUGCUUAUGCUCAUUGUCCUUCAAAAUAGAGAAGGUAGUAAUGUUGUUCUGAUCUUGACUUCAGCCUGCAUCUCUGGCUUGUGAGUCCUUGCUGUCAUUGACAUCACAGAGAACAGGGGAGUGGUUCAAGGAAGAGAUCCGACUCCUGCAAGGACUGGAUCAUAUUAUGGACAUAGGUAAACUGGUGUCAAUGUACAAACUACUGUGUUUUAUGCAAUACACAUACUUGCACAUAUUUUUUAAAAUGUAGGUCAAAUAUGGCAGUUAUUAUUGAUGCCAAAGAGCUUGGUCUUCUUAUAAAUACCACUAAUAUAAUGAUAAAUAUUGAUUACUAAAGUUACACAAUGCAAGCUCUACCUUCAUGCAAGUGGUGCAAAGUAAAAGCUCCUUUGUGCAUGAAUGAAUUUGGGCAAAACGUGAAUAACACUGGGCCCUAGUUAGGCAAAGAUUAUCACCAAGAGAAUGUACAUUCCUGCUUGUGUCCUGGGUACAAAUAGACUGAUCAAAGUAAUAAAAUUAAACAUCAUCUCUUUUGGACCUCAAAGUGUUUAUCCUGAGACAAGGAUGAAGCUCAUUGAUGACGAAAUAUAUCAAGAAUGAGGCACAGUGUUUCAUCACCAGAUGAAACACUCAGAAGAGAAACAAAAUGAUUUUAGAAGAAGAAAUUAAGGAUGCAAAAAUGAGCAGUUUUUCAUCUGAUUUCCAAAUGCUCAUUAAACAUUAAUUUCCUUAUGAACUAUUAAUAAGUUUGAGAAGUAAAGGUCAAUUUGCAGGACAGUAGUAUAGAUUUAAGGGAAGAAAUUAAGAGUACGUUCUUGUUGAAUACAUUGCUAAAGUAAUUGUUCCUUUAUUUCCAAUACCUACCAUUGUUGUUUAGGUGUUAACACUAUUGACCAGCUUCUAGCAAGACACUCAGAUGGCAAAGUACAGUCUGAGCAUGUAUCAAUUUCUAAGCUGAAGAAGAUGACAAGAUGCAUGAAACUACUUGAAAACGUGAGCAAUUAAUUGAUCAUAAAAAAACAGUAAUUUUCAUUAAAAAGUGUGUGCCUUGAGAAAAGCCCAAAGUGACUUCUGAUAAACUUCAAAUUCUCCUUUUAGACUGACCCAUAACUUCAUAAGAAACAAAGGAGAAUUUGUUACGAGACCACAAGUCUCUUAGGGCUUUUUCCACGCUCUCCUUCAAUUGUUUCCUCACAAGACACCCAUGUACUUAGUGCUCUAAGCUCAACUUUUUCCGAAGUAGACUUUGAACCUAAAAUUUCAAUGAAGAGAUAAAUAGAUAAUCAAAAUGACUGCCAAACCAUCACAAUCAAAUUUGGAGGUGCACGCGACAUCUCAAGGCUUAGAUGAACUACUCGGCAGACAGCCAGGUGAAUUAGAAAGAAAACUGAGCUUAAAAAAUUAUUUAUGUUUCCUGCAAAUGUUUCAUUAUCAUUGGGAUCAUAAAGAGGAACUAAUUAAAACAUGCACUUUGGCUUGGCAAAUUAUGCCCAAAAAAGUUCUUUGCACUCACCUUGAAGACCAAAAUGGUCACAGCUUGCUGUGCUUGUGCUCUUCAGAACUUGUCCAAACAUCUAUGUGCAUUCCAGAUUGAAUUGGAUUAUUUAAGUGUUGGUUUUUGAAGAGAGGAAUACCAGGUAACCUGGAGAAAAACUUCAACAAACAAUCAAGAGGACCAACAACAAACUCAAUGUUCAUACAGCGUCACUUUUGCAGGUCACAUUGGUUUAAGGCAAGAGCUCUCACCUGACUGUACACCCGUCCCUUGCUCCCCUAAACUGCAUGCCAGGCCUUUGGUGUUAACAUUUGUUUCAUUUACUUAUGAUCUUAUGCUGAUAGGUUACAAUCCAGAAUUCAAGUAAUCAGCAACACAUUAUAAGUUACGAGAAAGGUUAUUUUGUCUCUGCAUUGGUCAGGUAAGGCAGAUUCUCUGUGGAUAAAUGGUGUAUGAAGAUUUUCAUAAUCUUCUUACUGUUAACAAUUAUUAUUAACAGUAGGAAGAUUAUGUAAAAUUAAUAAUAUUAUUGUUCUGUGCUAAGUGAGCAAGAACUGGGGCUAGACUAGUACUAUCAAAAUUCAUUUGUAGUGUUGUGGCCUGAUAGCAAACUUAAAAGUGUCAUGUUUUGGACAGAACAAUCAUUUUUGUGGUUUUUAAUGUCAGCUUCUUGGUAUAGUUACACUCAGUGAACAAGCUUGGACAAACAUUCUUUGUUAUUAAAUCCUGCAAAUACAUACUGUUCUGUUUGGUGAUUUUGUUUGUCUCAAGCUAAAUAGUUAGUACUGUUUGGUUAUUUUCCAGGUUAUUACAGCUAUGUCUCAAUGCUCUGAACAAUGGCAUCUCACAAAAGAAAGUCAAGGUGAAACCAGACAAAGCUUUUGAAGAUUGCUUUUUCAGUAUUCUGAAAGUUUUCCUGAAUCUUACUCACAACUUUGGUAAGUCCACUUGCAACUUUGAUUUCAGUGAAACUGCAUCAAAAAUUUUCUAAUGGUCCCUUUUUCUUGCAAAUAAAUGCUUCAAUUUUAAAUAUUCAAGUCUCAUUUCUGAUUUCCAGAACCAAAAUUUUCUUCGCAGUCAUUUGCCAACCAAAGAUCACACCAUCCUCCUCAGGUCUUUGAGAUCACCUGCAUAUUGGUCCCAAGCUCCCUGGGAUCAAAUGUGUGACUAACACCCCUGCUCCCUAGAGCAGCUUCAUUCCUACUGAGCUGAAUUAGGCACCAUUCAAUGAUUAACACAUUUUUAGUAGUUUAAGCACCAUAGAGUACAGUGGAGUAUUUGUUUGAGUUAUCAACCCCUUAAGCCCCAAUAUCCACAGACAAAUUCUCCACACUGAUCUCUAUAUAUUUCCUUAAAGAAUGAGUUGAGAGAAUUUGACAAAAGAUAAAAGCAUUUUCUCUUACGUGAUCAUUUUAUUAAUUCUCAAAACCUAGUCUCUUGACAAUGUAUGGAUAUCAUUGGGAGAAAAUUGACGUUGGUCACUAUCGGGACUUAAAAGGGUUAAUGAUCAAGGUUGUAAGAGGUAAAUGAGGGAAGUUACCUGUUUCCCCUACCCUAUCCCCUUCCAUACCCACCCUCCCCCCUGUGUUAUGUUACUGUAUCUUGUUUUUUGGCCAAAAUUCCGCAGCAGUUAAGAACAUAGCACAGUGUUAAAGUUUGGAUAAUGUGUUUAAGAUACAUCAAUAUCCAUCUUCCGAUCAAGAAUGUUUUAAAUACCAUGAAUUCUGUAGAUACUUGGUGGAAAAUACCCGUAACUUAAACUAAACUAAGCUGGUCAUUUUUGUGAGGUUUCGUGUAUUUAUUAUUCAUUAUGAUUUAUGAAAAUAAAAGUUAUCCUUGGCAAAACCAUUCCUAUUGACGUACACCAUCUAUGAACAGUACUCGAAAACUUGUUCUUGUAGAGGCAGGCAGCUCAUGUAUUGGACAGCAAGAAGGUUUCCUCUCUUCUCUUCUCUUGACUGUUUUACAGGUUAGUAACACCUCAACAAACAUUUGGAAGAAAACAUUAAUGUUACCAUACUUGUAAUUUAAUAAUAAAAUUAUUAGUUUCAGUUCACAAGCAUUCUUUCACAUUUUUGGCUUUUUGAAGUGAUGCUGCAUCAUAAUGUUGUAAAUUUAGUUACUAAUUUUUUGGUAUCAUUAUAGCAGUCCAUAGAGUUGUUAUAUUGUAGGCAGAACUGUAAUUUAGUACAAUCAAUUCUCUGUAAGACAGAUACCUUUGGGACUGGCACUAUAUGUCUGUCCAUAGAAAGUCAACUGAAAGGAGCAAAGAAAGGCAGACCAACUGGGGGUAUCUAUUUGAGCAAGGUGUCCAUCUUAUAGAGGUGUCCCCUAGGAGAGAGUUUACUGUCAUGCAAGAAAACUGUCACUGUAUAAACAAAGUAAAAGUCAGUUAUAAAAUCGAAGUGCAUGUUGGUGUCACCAUAAAGCAUCUAUUUUCAAACUUAAAUUUGCCCUGGAUGAUUGUUUUGUUAUCUUGUUUUUAUGUGCCAUUUUUAACACAAACAUAAUAUGAUUUGGUUUUGUUAUUUAAGUUGCCACAGUUUGUUGCUGAGAGUAAAAUGUUUGACCUGCACUUGCUGGUAAGUGUUUAUUUGUCCAUUCAAGAAAAAGUGUAAGGCUUUGAUCAAAUAUCAUUUCAUUAAAAAUGUUAUUAUAAAAAGUUUGUUAGUUAGUGCAUUUUUUGUUUUGUUAUUUCAGAGUUUGGAGCUCUUGUACAACAUUGUUGAAGAUAGUAAACAGAACAUUGCCACCCUGGUGCAGCUACGUACCUCCCCCUGUCUUGAGAGUCAAGAGGUAGAUAAUCAGGGGGACAAGAUCAGUGCUAUUGAGGCUCUUGUGCAAUUGUUCCUCAUUAGAGAGAAAGCUGCUAGAAAUACAGAUGAGAUGACAUCAGGCUUAUCAACUGAAGGUAACUCAUUUAACCCCUAACGGUGACUAAAAUCUUAUUUCUCCUAGCCUGCAGUGCAGGCGUAUUUUGGGUGGACGAAAGCUGCUUGUUUAUGUUCAUAUUGUUGUAGCUGCCAUCUUGGAUUUUAUGACAGAGGAAGACUGGGGAGAGUAGAAUUAGUAACCCUUAACUCUUUUGGAGUUUCAACAAAAUUAAACUUUUAACUCCGCAAAAAGCAUUUGAGCACCUGAAGAAAACACCUUAAAAAAGGCAGACUAUAAUCAGGUUGAAGGGGAAUUGAACGCACUUCUCUUGAGUCCGUUGGGGAAAAACAAGGAUCUCUCGCUGCUUCGCAAUUAAUCAGAGUUUAACGGUCGUCUGCACGCAGAGAAAAGGAAAAUGCCUGAAGAAAACACCUGCACUGCAGACUAUAUUUCUCUUUAAAAACGUGCCGCUUAAUUAAUCUAACGGUCGUGAGAGAAAAGGAAAAUAUAAUAUUCACAGAGUUGUUGAUUGUUAAUCAAAUUCUUCUCACCAUUACCAUAGAAACUGUCUGAAGAACAGUAGUACAAUGUCCGUUGAUAUCAGCAAUGGUUUAAAAGGUUUUUAAAAAACUUUGGUGGGUUGAGUACUGACCUAUGAUGACAACAGGUCUGACAUUUUAUAGAAAAGUUUGUUAUGUCACAGAAUAUAAAGUCUACAAUACUGGCUUAGUGCUCAGGUUUCUGAACAGAUGGAGUAAAUUGUUUGACUUUUUUCCUUGUUUGACUUAAACUGAUCCCUGGAAUGUGCUUCAUAGUGAAAAGAAAUUAAUUAUACUAAUCAAUUGGUCUUUUUUUAUUGAUUAGAGGAGAGCAGUCAAGACUCCCUGAAACAGACCAAAGAUGGGGGUUGGAUUUGUGGAGAAGACAUUGAUGUUUCUGUAGAUGAGGGAGGCAAAAACGAGACUGAAGUACAAGAAGAAGUCCUGCCACUUGAAGUGCAGCUUGGCAAAGGUAACAGCUGAGUUUGUGGUGCCUGCAUUAUGUUUUAUUGGUGGUUUCUUGUUGUCACAGAUGCUGCAAUCACAAAAUGAUAUACCAGUAAUAUUUUUAAAAUACCACACAGUGUAGGGCUCAAAAGCAGACUUAGAUUUCAGCUCUUACAUUUUAUAAUUCAUUCUUUCUAUUGCUUGAGAGAUUUAUUCUGACUGGUCAGUAUUUUGUUUCUGUGCAGCUCUACAAAAAGCUGGUGAGCACAUGGAAGACAGCGUUGUGGCUGCAUAUGUGUCACUUCUCCUUGGUUGCAUAUUACAAGAUAAUGAGGUGAGGCUGUCGUUAUUGAUCAAUAAAAUAUCAAAAUAAAAUCUUAACAUAUAACAUAUGUUGCUCUUGUUUGAUGAUACCAAUAGUUUGAGAAUGUCCUUGUGCCAGGCUAUGCUUAAUUUAAUUUUUCUUUGUUUCCACCAUUAUCAUACUUAACCAAAAAACAAGGAAAAUAACUUAACCAAGGAUAAAAGAAUACUGAACCACUCAUCUGACACACCAUAGCUACUGAUAAAUAAAAACUAAAAUUCUUAAAAUUUGUCACAGGCAAACCAAAGCUUUAUCCGUGGUCUUUUGCCCGAUGGAGAUUUUUCCUUGCUUGUUAUUGUUUUGAGAAAAUUUCUCCGCUUCAUUAAACUCACAGUGAGUACUAUUUUAUUAUGUUGCAUUUAUUUGAUUUUUGUGAACUGUUAUUUAAGUAGGGCUCAAAAUCACAGCUGGUUAACAGACAAUGUCUGGCCAGAAUGGCAUCUUGACCAGCCAACAACUCUGCUCACCAGUCAUGUUGGCCAUUCACACAGACUCUUAUGUCGUGGACAAACAGCCAAAUCCUCACCUGCAAAUUUAAGAUUUUGUCUCUUUGUAAAAAUAGAUUCAUGUUCACUAAUAGAAAAUAACAGAAGGAUUAGCUCACUUUUUUCCCAAGUUUUUGACUAGUCAGAAAAUGAGAUUUGACCAAGCAAAAUUUUAUUUGGCUGGUUAUCGUGUCGGGCCACCGUCCAAAAUUAUUUUGAGCCCUGACUUAGGUAAUUUGAGUUCCUGUGUUUCUUAAUACUUAUGGUGCAUGAGGUCUUGCUGCUUAUUUCACUCUGCCAAGUCCCAGAAGUGGCCAACAACAAUCUUCUCCCAGCAAUUUCAAAACAUCAUCAGGAAUAAAGGUCAGGGAGAAUUACAUGUAACAGGAUGAUCACCAAAGAGAACAUGCUUUGAUCUUUUCUCAAAUUCUCUAACUUUACGGAAAUGUAUCACAUCAGUCUGGAGAAUUUGUAUGUGUCGAGAUUGGGGUUUAAAUGGUCAACUAUGUUACACAGUUUUCUUGGGAAUUUUUAUUAAUGUUAAUUCACUGGAGUGCCUGUAAACUAGCUUGAGCAGUUUACCCUUUAAGCCUCAAGAUCCAGACUGAUCUCCAUACAUUUCUUUUAAGAAUAGUCAGGGUUGUCACUAAGAUUUCAAGUUGCCAUGUAAAUACAACAAGUAGGCGGGGAAUCAAACGGCUAGGGAUUUCUUUUGGUUCUAUUUUUGUUCUCUUUUCCAAUAAAAGUAGCCGGGGGCUACACUCAUAGUAGCCAGGGAAAAUCCCCGGCCCCCGGCUCUUAAUGACAACCCUGAUAGUUGAGAGAAUUUGGUUUAAGAUCAAAGCAUUCUCCCUUUGGUAAUCAAUUUAGUAAUUCUCAUAACGUUUACUCUUGAUGAUCAGCUGAUGUUGUUGGGAGAAAAUUGAUGUUGGUCAGUCUUGGGACUUAAGGGGUUGACUAAUUUUACUUCAUCUGUUUUUGUGAUGUUUUCAGAGUGGUACAAGUGGACAUGCCAUUGAGAAAAUUGUUAAAGUCUUGGAAAGUUGCCGGUGAGAACCGAAGAACCAUGCAGAAGAACAAUAAACUUACAGUUUAAACUUAGUGAUAAUAAUUAGCAAUAAUUAUUAUUGAUAUUAUAAGUAUUACACUGUGUGUUUGUACUGUACAUAUUUGAUAUUAUUUGUUUCAUAACUGGGAUGUGGAAGUCUUUAACAAGUACAAAAGUGAAAACAGACUUUGCAAAAGUGAAUGGGAAUAUUACAAUUAUGAUAGUGUUGCAUAUAUUUAACUUAAUUAUGUGACUAAUUUGCCUGUGUCAUUCAUUGCCACCUCUGAAAUUUUGGUUUAAAUUUGAAACUGAGAACAUACUUUGCAGUCCUACAGAAGUUGAUUGUGAAUGGGAUGUAUUUAAUAAUUUACAGAUCGGAAACUGACUUUUUGACACAAAUUUACAACAGCUUCAUUACAAUGAUAAUCCUGGUAAAUGGAGCAAAGUUCUAAAAAGAAUGAUAUUUAACAUAGUAGAAGUGUGAUGUCCUAUAUUCACUUGGCAAACCAUUGCUUUAAGGAAUGGCCAAGUAAUGUUAUUAAUGCUGGCCAUUUUAAAACUUUUCAUUAGUUAUUCAGAUCCCAUUGUCUCAGACACAAAGUAUAGACUUUGCUUUUUUACAUUUUUCAGUUAUAGGGUUGAAAGUGGAAAAAGAGUUUAUGACAAUUUCACUUUCCUAAACCACACAUUCAUUAUACCACGGUCACACUACUUAGAUUCUACAAUAUAUUAUUAUUAUCAUUAUUAUUAUUAUUAUUAUUAUUAUUAUUAAUGGAAGACCCUCUAACAACAUACAUGCAUAGGUGCUCAAUGGAUUUGACAAAGACUUUUAAAAAUUUUCAAACUGUUGUAAAAUAUUUCCUUAAGUAUUACGGGGCUCAAAUCCCCUUUUCAUUCGUAACAGGUAAUUUGAGCCCUUAAAUGCAGAAGGGAAAGAUUUAACAAAAAAUUUCAGAAUUUACAAGGACUUGUAUGGAAAACCACUCAAGCAUGACUGGGUGGCAAGAGUUGUUUUUCUCAUACAAAUGCUUCUAAUUAUUUUUGGCAGCCAUUGCAAUCACGACUUUUGAGAUAUGACAGAAAAUGUACGGGUUACCUAAUUUUAAUAUGCUCUUUCAGCUCGUGCUAACAAAAUUUUUCAAAAGCAAACUGUUUUCGUGUUUACCGAAAGUUGAUCACAUGAUCAACUAAUGCAAAAGGCCUGUAGUUAGCUGUUCUAAAUCCAAUGCAUAAGUUUCAAGUUUUUAAUAACAUGUAAAUAUAAUCUUUUAGCAUUCAAAACCGCUAAAAAAUUGAUGCAGCC